AUGAAGAUGGGCAACAAGAAAGAGGUGAUUCGAUUAGAGCGUGAAUCCGUGAUUCAAGUUCUCAAGCCCAAACUCAUCAUGACCUUGGCCAACCUCAUCGAACAAAGUUCUGACCGGGCUGAGUUUCUAAAGCUCUGCAAGAGAGUCGAGUACACAAUUCGGGCUUGGUAUCUCCUACAAUUUGAAGAUUUGAUGCAACUAUAUUCCCUCUUUGACCCUGUACACGGGAGUCAGAAAUUGGAGCAACAGAAGCUUUCUCCUGAAGAAAUUGAUGUACUUGAACAAAAUUUCCUCAAGUACUUAUUUCAGGUGAUGGAAAAGAGUAAUUUUAAGGUUGCAACUAAUGAAGAAAUUGAGGUUGCACAGUCAGGGCAAUAUCUUCUAAAUCUUCCCAUCGUGGUUGACGAGUCUAAGCUUGACAAGCAUCUUUUGAAGAAAUACUUUGACAACCAUCCUUACCCAAACAUGCCAGAUUUUGCUGAUAAGUACAUUAUCUUCAGACGCGGAAUUGGACUAGAUAAGACAACCGAUUACUUUAUCAUGGAGAAAGUGGACAUUAUCAUUGCACGUUUCUGGGCAUAUCUUUUACGAGUGACUAAGGCCGAAAUGUUUUUUUCGAAAAGGCCAAGUGUACAAUGCGAGAAGGAUCCCAAAAAGGAUGAUGAUCUUAUCGCCGAACAAGAUGAAGAGGACUUGUUUGUUGAACGAAUCCGUCUUGAAAAAAUGCAACUAAGUAUUCCAAAUUUGCUGAGCAAGAACACAAUCCAAGAGCCAACUUUUGAUAGGAUUAUCGUUGUUUACAGGCGAGCAAAUAGUGGAUCCGGAGAUCAAGCAGAACGAGGAAUAUAUGUUAAACAUUUCAAACAUAUUCCAAUGGCUGAUAUGGAGAUUGUUCUUCCUGAGAAGAAGAACCCAGGAUUAACGCCAAUGGACUGGCUCACGUUCAUUGGCUCUGCUGUAGUUGGGCUGGUUGCUGUUGUUACUUCGCUUGAAAUGCCUAAAGUUGAUCUUUGGGUCAUUUUUGCAAUUAUUUCCACUGUGAUUGGUUACUGUGCUAAGACAUACUUCAGUUUUCAGCAGAACUUGGCUCAAUAUCAGAACUUGAUAACACAGUCCAUGUAUGAAAAACAACUGGAUAGCGGAAGGGGUACUCUUCUUCACUUGUGCGAUGAUGUGAUUCAACAGGAAGUGAAGGAGGUGAUCAUUUCUUUUUAUAUAUUAAUGGAACAAGGGAAAGCUACUUUACUAGAUCUGGAUAAGUGGUGUGAAGAACUAAUCAAAGAACAGUUUAACGACCACUGUAAUUUCGAUGUGGACGAUGCAGUUCAGAAGUUGGAGAAAUUGGGAAUUGUUACUCGGGAUACCCUUGGACGGUAUAACUGCGUUGGGCUGAAACGUGCUAACGAGAUCAUUGGCACCACCACUGAGGAGGUUGUCCUUAAGGCGAAACAAGAUGCCACUGCUACUGCUUGA